CUUCAAAUACCCCGGCUGUGGGAGGCAAAUAGGUACAUGUUAGGGGAAUUAUUUAAUAAAACAAUGUUGAAUUGCUAAUCCCUACAGUUACUCAGUAAUACAGCCCUAGGGCCUAAUUCCCCUAAAAAAUGGUUACUGAUGGCAGCCCUGCCCCCCAAUCUACUAAAUCUUGUGGGUGUCAAGGUGCCCAAAAUCUGCCCGUGUUCCAUUGCUAGGGGUAGUGAGACCUGUAGUGGGUAGUGCAGAGCUAAGGAACAGAAAGGCAACACAAAUCACUGUCUCGCUGAGCCUAAACCUGUUCUUCUCUAGCUAUAGCUGAACUACAAUUCCCAGCAUCCCCUGCGGCAUAGUUGUAGUUCUAAUGCAAUGUGUAUUUAAUGUUCCCUGUCUAUUUAUUGCUUCAUUUGGUGUUAAGGGUACCACUCAUCCUAGAAAUUGUAAUAAGCAACUGUCCCUAGCAUCAGCACUAGUGUGGAUGAUAUGUAAGGAAGGGCCAAAAUGGAAAUAUUAGUAGCAAAAAUCAGAAGAAUAAAUUCCUACAAUAAAGAUCCCUAGUGUUUAUGGGUGCAGGGAACUGAUCAGAGUAGGUCCCCUGCCAGUAAUAUACGGCAGUAAUAUUCAGCUGUUUUUAACCGUUAGUCUGUACAGUCCCCUAAGUACAUUGGGGUCACCAGGACCCACACUUGGUUGGCAGGGGUGUCCAGGGCCUUGAUUGUACCAACCUUUUGUAUGUGCCCUAAUUGGCUUCUUCAUUCUAUUAAAGCUGCUACUGGGUGGUGUUACUGGUUAUUUCGGAGCAGCAAACAUAUUCAGUAGCGCAGUAUAACUGGGAAGAAUAGAGAAAGGGAAAAACAGUAUUCAAAGCUUUAUGUGUCAAAGAGUGUUUGGCUCACAAUCUCUUUUUGUCUCUCCCCAAAAAAAUGAAAUACUAAGAGCGAUCUUAGUGAUCUGAGCGAUUUGCAGCGACUCCAAAAAGCGACAAAGAAGAGGAUAAAGAAGAAAAAAAACAGUCUUUUUAAAGACUACCAACUUACAUCAAGAGCAGAGAAAUUACAGCAACCUGCUCAACCCAUUGCGGGUCAUCAGGAGGAAGGAGCGUCAAGAUGGGCGCCAAACUGUGCAACAUCCUGCACCGGCACCGGCAUACUGAGACUGUUGACAUCAAUCAGUCUUUUGAUGCUUGUGAGCCCUGGGUGAGUAUUUGCUUUUCAGGUAUGAAGCAGGAGCUGCUGAGAGACAUCCGGAAGGAGAUGAGGAUAGCAGCAGGGGCGCAAAAGCUGUACCUUGUCACCAAGGACAGACAGACCAAAGCCCAAGUGAAGGAGCUGAGGAACAUCAGUGAGAGGAAGGUGAAAGCCCUUUUCUCCUCUCUCCACAAGCUCAAUGUGCAGCUAGCUCAGAGGGAAGCAGAGAAUUCUCCAGGUAAGAUAUAACAGUCUCUGGCCUCUUUCCUAUUGGCAUUACAUGUGUGUCAUCAUAACAUCACAUACACUACCUCUUCAUGGACAUUAGGUUGACCCCCAUUAGAUUGAGCUCAAAAACAAAAGGACUGCUCAAAGCUCUUCCCUGUAGCUGCUUCAUAUGUUUCCUAUCGGGUGCUCUGUCUGCUGCAUCCCCACUGCUAAGAUCCACAUCAACACCAAAGAAUUGGACGGCACUCC